AUGCCGAAGCGAUCCUUGGACGCCAGCAACCUGUCGCCCACGAUGCAGACUGAACGGGCACAGAAGAAGACCGAGAGAUCCCAUGAAGAGAAUCAGGAGCGCGCGUACAUUGCCGCUUCAAGGCGAGCAGACCGCAGUAUCGAAGCUCGUGUCCAGUCAGCCAAAAUGGCAAGCGAGAUCCACAAGAAGCGCACCGGCAAGGGAUUCAAGAUAUCUGAAGCAAUUGUCCAGGCCGAGGAAAUGUACGAAGAGGAAGAGGAUGAUAUGCCCCGGUCCUACCGCAUGCUGGCUGCCCACCUUCAGACUGGUUCCCCAGAGUUCGACUACCGCGUCAACGCCUUUUUGGCUAAUCGGGUGGCCAUGGCGAGCAUGGUUGCUGGGCUUCGUAACGAGGAAUGGGCCCAGAAUCCAAUCAACAAGAUGUUUGCUGAGCAGUUCCCCAACGCCAACAAACAAGCACAGGCUUUGUCACGUAACAUCACCAACUCGAUGUACUCUGUUCCUGGGCAACGCUCAGUGUCGCAGCAGCAAUCCACUCAGCCCGAAAAAACAGUUACGAGUCCCAUGUCACCAACCUUUGCAGCCGUGAACUUUCAGUCUGAGCAACAAAUAUAUCAGCGCCAGAGGACGCAGUCCGUAGCCUCACCGAUGGAUGUGGCCACACCCGUGUUGCGAGAUCAUCCACAGUCUCCGCCAGCAUUGUCUCCGGCAUCGGAUGCUGCUGCCGGUACUCCUUCGACGCGAACCGCAUCGACGUUCCCUUCGCCCAUGACAACUAUUGACCACAGUCUCUUCUCGCCUGAGUCAUUAUUUACCGCCGAGCUGCCUAUGGACGCGAAGAUGAUGGUGCCAAACUUGGACAUGAACGACCCAAUGGCCCAGAUGUUUAUGGGCAACCCUUUGCAGCAACAGAUGUACUUUCCGGACACUCAUUCGCUGGCCGAUCUGAAACAUGAGCAGCAUCAGAAUGAGCUUACGAUUUCCUCGCACGAGUAUUUCAAUGGACAUGUCAACCCUUACGCGUCCCGCUACGACGAACUGAGAAGCGAUGAGGCUACCCCUGGCCCCAAUGCGACCGACAACUGGGACGCCUAUCUUGAUUUCGGCGAGCAGUCCGAUACUGGUGCCAUUGACCCGACAUUGUAA